AUGCUUCAGGCCACGUCCUCGCUGCUGGCACACAGGGUGCAGAAUGCAUCGCUCUUGAUUCUGAGCCUUGUAUUCCUGCCCUUGGACACUUUGAUCCUCAUCGUUUCCCUCUUCAUCAGCAAAGUCAUUCCGAGCAAGGUGGAGUCGAAUCGGAACGUGGCGCUCCGCGAUGCUGAAUCCACAAGGCGCACCGUCCUGGUCACCGGAAUCGGUAUGACCAAGGGUUUAGUGUUGGCACGAUUGUUCUACGAAGCUGGCCACGAUGUUAUCGGGGCUGACUUUGAGCCUGACGGUGCGUUGGUGUGUGGGAGAGUGUCGUCGUCUCUGAAGCGGUUCUGUCGCCUCCAAAAGCCCGAUACCAGGUCCGGGGCCGCGCCGUAUAUCCAGAGCCUCCUGGACAUCGUAGUUAGGGAGAAGGUCGAGCUGUGGAUCAGUUGCUCUGGAGUGGCUUCGGCGGUGGAGGACGGAAUGGCGAAGGAGGUUGUCGAGGCAAGGACCGACUGCAAAGCUAUCCAGUUCGACGUCAAAACGACACAGACGUUGCACGAGAAGCAUUCGUUCAUGGAACAUACUAAGAGCAUCGGGCUUACGAUCCCUGAGACUCACGAGAUCACAAGCCGUGCGGCUGUUCAAAACAUCUUGCGCAAUGCCCCGCCUGGUCGCAAGUACAUUAUGAAGACGAUCGGGGUCGACGACUCGGUCCGUGGAGAUCUGACGCUGCUUCCGAAGAAGACUGACCUCGAGACGUCGGAGCACAUUGCACGGCUCAAGAUCUCGGUGGACUCACCGUGGAUACUGCAAGAAUUCAUCAAGGGCAAGGAGUACUGCACGCACUCGUUGGUCAUACGAGGCCAAGUGAAGGCCUUUGUGGCGUGUCCCUCUGCCGAACUACUCAUGCAUUACACCGCACUCCCGGCCCAGUCCGCCCUAAGCCUGGCGAUGCUGGAGUUCACAAAGGUGUACGCCGCCAAUGGCGGUGUCGACUUUACAGGCCAUCUGUCCUUUGACUUUAUGGUUCGAGAUGAGGACACGACUGACCCCAGAAACAUUGUUCUCUAUCCUAUUGAAUGCAACCCCAGGGCGCACACGGCGGUGGCGCUGUUUAACGGGACAACAGCGAUGGUGGGCGCCUAUCUAUCCGUCUUCGAAGACCCUCACGGCCAGACAGACACUACUCAGAUUGUGCGACCGCUGACGAACGACAAGUACUACUGGACGGGCCACGAUCUCGUUACCUUGGUCAUCCUCCCGGCCCUGUCCUUCCUCACUCUCUCUGGCACUUCGAUCACGGGUCUCUGGGAAGGGUACGCAACCUUCCUCAACCACCUGCUGCUCUGGAAGGACGGAACCUACGCGCUCUGGGACCCGCUGCCUUGGUGGUGGCUGUACCACGUGUACUGGCCGAUGCGGUUCUGGGGCUGCAUCCGCCAGGGGAGGAAAUGGAGUCGCGUCAACGUCAGCACGGCUAAGAUGUUUGAGUGCUGA